CAGAACAGUUAUUCUAAGAAACUUCCUCGUCUCAUUUACAAAGGAUUUGAAAAAUGGUGCAGUAUAAAGUGACCGUAUUCACUGGUGAUCGCCUUAAUUCUACUACUCUCAACAAUGUCUUCAUUAAGCUGGUGGGCACAGAUGGGGAGAGUGAUCGCAAGUGGCUCAUGGGCUUGAAAGGGGCUUCAUCCUUUGUCAGAGGAGCUGUAUCAAAGUUUAAGGUGUCCUGCUCCACUUCCCUUGGAAAUCUUGUGCUGAUAGAGUUAGACAAACAGUCUCUCCCACUGUUCCCAGAAGAUGAUUGGUUUUGUGCCAAGGUGGAAGUGAAAUCCCCUGAAGGAGACAUCUACAGCUUUCCCGUCUACCGCUGGAUUGCUGAUAGCAAGGUGUACCGCUUCAAAGAUGGAAAAGCUCUGAGAGUCUUUGAAGACAACCAUCAUCUUGGCAGGUACAGUCGGCAGCAAGAGAUUCAGCAGCGAGAGGAAGACUAUCGCUGGGAUGCAUAUGCAGAGGGAAUACCUCACUCCUUGAAGGCACAAAACCCAAUUUUUCUGCCAUCGGAGGUUCAGUUCUCCUUCACCAAAACUACAGAGUUUGUCUACACUGCUUCCACAGGACUGACUGAGCUGAAGCUGAAGGGACUGGAUAACCGUAAGGAGAAGUGGGAUAAUAUUGACAGCAUCAAUCGAGUGUUUUGCUGCAAAAAGACUGAAAUAUCAGAAUAUGUUCAGGAACACUGGAAAGAAGAUGCUUUCUUUGGCUACCAGUUUCUAAAUGGUGUCAACCCCAUUUUGAUCCAGUGUUGUACAACCCUGCCCAGUAACUUCCCUCUCACUGAUGACAUGGUCUUUCCCCGCAGUCGUUGCAACCUUGCAGAUGAAAUGAAGAAAGGGAACAUAUUCCUGUGUGACUACAAGCUUCUGGAUGGAGUAAAAGCAAACACCAUCAAUGGGAAGAAGCAGUACUUGAUGGCUCCUCUCGUCCUGCUCCACAAAGCUCCUGAUAAUAAACUAAUGCCGAUUGCUAUUCAGCUGAAGCAGACUCCAUCAGAUGACAAUCCGAUCUUUCUUCCUACUGAUUCUGAGUACGACUGGUUGAUCGCCAAGAUUUUUGUAAGAAGUGCAGAUUUCAAUGAGCAUCAGCUCAAUGUUCACCUUCUGCGCACGCACUUGCUGGCUGAGGUUUUUGCAGUGUCACUGCUGCGCAACGUGCCCAUGGUGCAUCCUCUGUACAAGCUCCUCAAACUUCACACACGCUACACUCUGCAGAUCAACUUCUUAGCUCGACGCCUUCUCAUUUCUGAGAUUGGCGCUUUCACUCAGUUUGCAUCAUCAGGUGGAGAGGGCAUGUUUACAAUCCUGAAGAGGUCAGUGUCCUCAAUGACCUACAGCUCCCUCUGUAUGCCAGAUGACAUUGCUGAACGUGGCCUAGAAGCUGUGCCAAACUUCUACUACAGGGAUGAUGGCCUAAAGGUUUGGGAUAUCAUCCACAGGUUUGUGCAGGGAAUGCUCGGCUACUACUACAAGAGUGACAGUGAAGUCCAGCAGGACUCUGAACUUCAGAAGUGGAUUUUGGACAUUUUUGAACAUGGUUUCUUUUCUCAAGCAGAAACAGGAAUUCCUCAGACAUUUACUUGUGUGACUGAGUUGGUCAAGUUUGUCACCAUGGUGAUCUUCACUUGCUCAGCCCAGCAUGCAGCCGUGAACUCUGGACAGGUGAGUCCUUGUAUAAACAGUUUCACUUUUUUUUUUUUUUAA